AUGAGUCCGCAGAGAGGUUUCCCCUUGCUUCUGAUAUUCCUCUAUGCAUCAGCUGUGUGCGCAGGUGUGGGCGGUGCAAAGGUCAACAAUGUGUCGUCAGAGGUCUGUCGUCAUCCGUGUGAGGAGCUGGUGGGCUUGCUGACAGAGAUCCAAGGCCUGCGUAUUGUGACCAGCAACCUGUUGGAAGACCUGGAUAGAGUAGCAAAAGAAAAUGAAGAGAUGCGGAUAUUUCUGGCUGAGCUGAGCAACAGCAACGAAGAGGUGUGGUGUAUGCAGGACGGACGAGUGUAUGAGCACGGGGAGGAUUGGGAUGUUGACAGCUGCACCUCCUGUGUUUGCAAGGAUGGAAAGGUGGUGUGUCAUCAGGUGUCUUGCCCUCCUGUAUCCUGCAUCUAUCCAUCCUUUAUCGAUGAUAAGUGCUGUCCUGUGUGUCUCAGUGAGUUCGACUUGUCUGCAGCUAUGAUUAAAGAUAAUGAGGAUGGAUGGUCCCCUUGGUCUGAGUGGACCCACUGCUCUGUCACCUGUGGACGUGGAGGGCAGCAGAGGGGACGAUCCUGCAAUGGCAUCAUGCCGUCCUGUGCCGGCCCGUCAGUCCAGACCCGCAGCUGCAUGCUGAUGAAAUGUGACCGCAAGGUGCGUGCUGAAGGGAACUGGGGCCUUUGGUCUCCCUGGUCCGCGUGUACAACCACAUGUGGAGAAGGCGACAUCACACGGGUCCGUCUCUGCAACAACCCUCCGCCACAGAAGGGGGGCAGAGGGUGCACAGGCAGCGCCAGGGAGACACAACCUUGCAACAAUACACUCUGCCCCGUUGCUGGAGGCUGGACGAGCUGGACUGAAUGGUCACUGUGCUCGGAGUCGUGCGGUGGAGGUCUUACGAGUCGUCAGCGGGAGUGUUUGAACCCUGCCCCUCAGCACGGUGGGAAGCCUUGUGCUGGAGACGCUGUGGACUAUGAAGCAUGUAACAAACAGCCAUGUCCUAUAGACAUAUGUUUGCUUUCAAAUCCAUGUUUUCCUGGAGUGGAGUGCACGUCGUAUAGCGAUGGAUCAUGGUAUUGUGGACAUUGUCCGUUGGGUUUAAAAGGCAAUGGCACUCACUGUGAAGAUGAAAAUGAGUGUGAAGUGGAGAGUGUUUGUGUCACAGAGUGUGUAAACACAGACCCUGGCUUCUACUGUCUGCCCUGUCCUCCUCGCUAUAAAGGCACUCAGCCGUUUGGCCUUGGACUGCAGGAAGCCCUGGAAACCAGACAGGUGUGUGAGCCUUACAAUCCUUGCAAAGACAACACACACACCUGCCACAAGUAUGCCGAGUGUAUCUACCUGGGCCUGGCGUCUGAGGUGUUGUUCAAGUGUGUGUGCGCCAUUGGGUUCGCGGGCGACGGCUUCCUGUGUGGAGAAGACUCUGAUCUGGAUGGCUGGCCCAACUACAGAUUACCCUGCAAGCAGAAUGCAACCUAUCACUGUCAAAGGGAUAAUUGCCCCAUGAUACCAAACUCUGGACAGGAAGACCUGGACAAAGACGGACAGGGAGACGCCUGUGAUCCUGAUGACGACAAUGAUGACAUCAUAGAUGAGAGGGACAACUGCCCGCUGGUGUACAACCCUCGGCAGUUUGAUUCUGACAGAGAUGGGGUCGGAGACCGCUGUGACAACUGUCCGUUUGAUAGCAACCCGCUGCAGACAGACACUGAUGACAACGGAGAGGGAGACGCCUGCAGCAUUGACAUUGAUGGAGAUGAGAUUCUGAAUGACCGUGACAACUGUCCCUUAGUCUACAACACUGACCAGAGGGACACCGACCUGGAUGGUGUUGGAGACCAGUGUGACAACUGUCCCCUUCUACACAACCCUCUGCAGCUCGACUCUGAUAGUGACCUAGUGGGGGACAUGUGUGACGACAAUGAGGACAUCGAUGAGGACGGCCACCAAAACUCUCUAGACAACUGUCCGUACAUCGCCAAUAGCAACCAGGCUGACCAUGACAACGACGGGAGGGGAGACGCCUGUGACCAUGAUGACGACAACGACGGUAUCCCCGACGACCGGGACAACUGCAGACUUGUGCCCAACAGGGACCAGUGGGACUCUGAUGGUGACGGGAGUGGAGAUGCCUGCUUUGAUGACUUUGACAAUGACAGUAUUCCAGAUGCGCUGGAUCCAUGCCCGCUGAACCAGGAUAUUGGGUCUACAGACUUCAGGAAGUUUCAGGUUGUUUUGUUGGACCCUAAAGGCACCACGCAGUCCGACCCUCUCUGGGUGAUCCGCAGCCAAGGCACCGAGCUGCUGCAGACGGCCAACUCAGACCCUGGCAUCGCUUUAGGAUAUGACAAGUUCAGCGCGGUGGACUUCAGUGUGACAUUUUAUGUAAAUACCAACCGAGAUGACGACUACGCAGGCAUUGUGUUCGCCUACCAGUCCAGUCGACGCUUCUACGUUGUCAUGUGGAAACAGGUGUCUCAGGCCUACUGGGAGAAAAAGCCGUCCAAAGCCUUUGGCACAGCGGGAGUCUCGAUCAAACUGGUCAACUCCACCACAGGACCCGGGGAGUAUCUACGCAAUGCCCUGUGGCACACUGGAAACACCCGACACCAGGUCAGAACAUUGUGGCAUGAUCCCAAUAAAAUUGGCUGGAAGGACUACACAGCUUACCGCAUGCACCUUAUCCACAGACCCAAGACUGGGUUCAUCAGGGUGGUGGUGUACGAGGGCAGGGAGAUUUUAUCUGACUCGGGGGCGGUGUACGACCACACCCUGGCUGGAGGCAGACUGGGACUGUUUGUCUUCUCUCAGGAACACGUCCUCUUCUCAGACCUCAGAUACGAGUGCAGAGAUAACUGAAUAUUUUGGGUGAGAUAUCUAGGAAACUCUUCAACAACCCACCGGAGAUCCACAUUAAUUUCAGAGAAUCGUAACACAACAGAGAGAGACAGAGACAAAUCUAUCUAGCAGCUUUUUAUGCAACGGUAUUGAUUUCAGGCUGUACAUCACAAUCGCUGUAUAUAACUGUAAGAGACCCAGACAGCAUGUCUAAUGGCUGUGCCUUCUUGUUGCUUUUUUCAUUUGCUUUUUUUGCUCAUGGUUGUA